AUGUUCACCUUACCAUCUCGCAGCAGACCAGCUGAUCUGCUACUGCUCUACAUUACUGUGCAUCUGCUUUUCGCGGUGAUGUUCAACUCAACCAGCUUAGCGCUGUAUAGCAGAAAGUUGGAAAGUGGCAACACGUCGCACACAUUACGCAUCACCAAGAUGCAGUGUAUCGGUGCACCGUACAAGCUAACGCGGCUGGAAUGGUGCAAAAUGCAACAGUUCGCCAACGGUACGGUUGGAUUAAACAUAUCCAUCCACGUACCGGACCUGUACAACUACAUGGAAAUUUCGGCCAAAACGUACUACAAGUACACCACCUACCGACCGUUCAUGAUCGACUGGAGUAUGGAAUAUUGCCGGGCGGCACGUGUCGGAAAGUUUAAUCCUUCCACUGCGCUGGUGAUGAAAAUUAUUGAGGAAACCUUGCCGGAGUUUUACUAUCCCUGUCCACACGGUAACCGUACGUACUCAUCCUUUUGGCUGCUAGAACCGAAGUUUAUUCCCGCCGCAUUGCCAUCCGGAGACUACCGGUUGGAUAUUUACUUCCGUGAUUCGGCUAAGGAAGUUGAAUUUGCGGUGCAAGUGUUUGGAGUCGUACGCAAGCAUGGUCUGAUCGGUUGA